AUGUUGCCAAACCUUUUGACGAGUCAGUAUCUUCAAUACAAAACAGAUACUGAAAUCGUAGCCACAUGGCUGGCAAGAACUGCAAAGCAGUGUGGGCUUGACGUGGAUCAGGACAGUCAAGAGCCUGUGAAAAAGGCAAAACCGGCGGCAGGUCGCCUCAAAGGGAAAGCUAGAAAGGCUGCCAAAGCUCCAUCAAAUCCAACCCCGGCCAAUGAGAACAACAAAAUUCCAAAGAAGCCAAAGUACACCAUCACCGUUAAGCAAUUCACAAGCUUUGCGGAACAUAUCGCCAGGCACAACAAACCCCCCGUUGGGCGUGUGGAGGUUUCCCGAGGCUUCAGUCUUGCCCUUGACCGUGCCAUUUCUGCGCGCCGCGAAUUCGCAAAACAUGGAAUUGAGAAGGUGGACGAGGCUGCCGAGGAAGGCCAUGAAUUCUUCGUGAACGUCCUUGUGCGGGUCCGUGAAACCCUACGCCCACUAAUGCUCAAGAGACAAUCGGAUAGCCCAGGAGUCGAAAAGUAUGAGAAGCCACUCGCCAAUAGAUUCGAGCAUCUCGAAUUGGAAGAACAAUCAGAAGCCUUCCUCAAUGCACCUGAUGCUCCUAAGCCAGCGGCACCAGAGAAAUCUACAGGCCCUUCAGCUCCCGAUGUCAAAGCGGAAGCCGACCUCGAAGCCGAGGUUGAUCUUGACCGCCGUGAAAUGAUUUUCAUGUUCCACCUCUUGCUCCAGGAUGCUAACGCCUUCAUGGAUGUGAUCGAGAAGACAUGGAGGGGAUACAAAAUUGGCCUUGUGGGCCUUGUACCGGCAGCUUUGACUACCAACACCGCUAUUGAUCUCCUCCGUCGUAUGGAAGAGGAAAUGAAGCCUUCCCUUGAUAAGGUUGGCGGUGUUGAAAUACUUCUUGAGGCGUAUUACGCUGCCCGCUGUUUCCAACUUGGGGAACAUCCCGACUACAAAGAAAGGCCCAGUGAUGCCCUUAACUUCAAAGUUUACGGUCAAACGCAAUACCUUUUUCUCACAGCCUGGCAGCUUCUCCGAUCUUUCACGGCAAUAUGCAACCCGCAUCACGUUCCAGUUUAUAAACCGGGCAUUUGUGGAACCUAUUACCCUAAAAGCGACCGCGAGUUGAAGCCACCAAGGGAGAAGUUCGAUGAAGAUACGCAAAUCUUAAUGGAGGCAUUUCCCGAAUUUUACCUCCUCGGAUUCCGUGGUAGGGAGAACUUUGCCGAAGACGAGCUAUCGCGUGGUCUCAAGGCAGCUUUCACUACUAAAGAACAUCCGUUCUGGCUGGUGUUUGCCGUGCAAGUCUUCCUAAACAUCCAUCAUGUCCUACGUGAUGAGGUUUCUCGGGCAUUCUCCGAGCUGCAACGAAGCGCGCUGGCUAUGAGCCAUUCUAUCAAGUCGAUUUUAAGAUGCACGACAAGCUCCGCGUUGAGAACUGGCCUCGGGAAAACGAUAGAAUAUUGCGAGAAAUCCAAGCGGACAUGGAUUAUUGGUGCGCAACAGAUCCAUUGCAGGCCGAAAGGACACGCCUAG